AUGGAAAUACUUUCAAAAAACGGCGAAGUCGACGUUGCAGGAGAGAGAGCGCGGAUUCUGCUGGUGUUACGGCGCCUCAUGGUGGCCAUUGUUGCAGUGUCUGUCUGUCUGCUCAUGUUCGGGCUAUCGGCGGUGCUCGCAACUGCGCCAUAUUAUGAGUAUCCCGCUAGUGUUGGAGGAGGUUGCUUCUUUGGAAUAACGGGCCUGGUCUACUCUGUGGUUGCUGUCAUAUUCAUACGCGAGGCCAGCAAACCCCUUGAGAACGGGAGGGAAUCUGUUUGCUUCCGGCGCAUUACUUGGGCUGGCACACAAUGGAUGCUCUUCUGGAUAAACGUCAUCGGAUUCCUUCUCUCGUUGGUGUUUUCUAGAGUCUUCCCGAUCAGCACUUGUUUGCAACAGAUUGCCGACAUGAAUCAAACCCCUCUGACCGCAUGCCGACCGAAUCCGACAGCGAAUCUUAUUAUCGCAUUGAUUGUGCUUCUCCUCUCUGUUGCUCUGAUUGUUCUACAAGUCGUAUUCUCCGUGAAAAGGGGGUCAAAAGUAGUACGCCGUGUGCGGAAGAAUACCUCUGACGAAGAAAAUGGUGGCAACGGAGCGUUGAACAGGGCAAUCCAGACAAAAAAUCUGGUCAUGAAGUACAUUCAGACACCGGCUUCCAGGACAAGAAGAUACCCAUAA